UCAAAGGUAUACUGCCGGACUUUGUGGAGCUGUUGGGGGUACCGUAUUUGUUUCGGCCGGAUCACGCAAGAUACAAGGCGAGAGUUCUGGAAUGAUGCCGAAGGCACUGGCGGUUGUCGGGAGCAAGACUGGGUCCUGCAUUUAGAUGAAGAGACGGAGAUCACUGAGGAGGUUUUGAGGGCGUGCGUGGACUUCAUUGAGCGGGGCGCGGAGGAUAUUGGCAUGGGAACAAUUUUUUACAACGCCCACAAUUACUGGAGGGACCCGCUCCUGACCGUCGCCAAGGCCCUUCGGGUGGCAGAGGACUUUGGUCGUAUUCAGCUGCCGGUUUGGCUCUUGCAGCGCCCAUUGCACGGAUGGAUGCACGGCAGCUUUAUUUUGAUCAAUGGGCAAGCGGAGAAUGCAGUCACCUGGGAUACAGGCUGUCUGGCUGAGGGCUUUCGGUUUGCAUACCAUGCUGCAAAAGAAGGCUUCAAAAGGGGGUGGGUCCAUGCCGUCACGUGCGAUCAGCCCCCGGAGAGCUUGGCGGAUCUCGUCCGACAACGUCGGAGAUGGUACAGCGGAAUCAUGUCCGUCAGACUGGCGUUGGCGAUUCCGAUGCUGAAGUCUUCUGUGCACUUGGGCUUGAUGACUUGGUUCAGAACUAUCUCUAUGGCUUGUGGGUGGAGGGUAUCGCUAUCGCAUUAUGCCUUUGUCUUGUUGACUUGGAACCUGUCUGUUUAUCUUCAUGGACGCGUGGUGGGAUGUGUUAUACAGGAGUUUGAUCGCCUUUCGAUGACAAUACAAGAGCUGGUAUUGCAUGUAUUUCUUGUUGUUGUGUUGGGGCCCGUGGUUGAUCUGAUCCAGUCGGUGGCUUUCUAUUUGGCUCUGGCUUGGCCAGACAGGGAAUUUGCGAUAAUUAAGAAGUGCUGA